UGCAGGGCGCGCUCUCCCGGAGUGGUGAGCGCGGCCAACUUUAGGGGGCUCACUGUCCAGAAUCAGGGGUGGUGCACGCAGCCCUUUGCGACCCCGCUUGUGGCCCUGGGCUGCUCCUCCCCCUCCGGCGCUGGGACUUUUACUUUCGUUUUCACUGGAGCAGUCCCAGACCCUCGCUGAAGAGGGACGGAGGCUGCCGCCAGCUCGGGCCGCCCAGCCGCCGUAGGAAAGAUGGCAGACGAUCAGGGCAGUGUUGGGGAGCGGGGAGCUGGGGAUUCGGCAAGUAAAGAUACAACUGAUGCCAAGCCAGAACGGUUCUCAUUUGUCCCAUCAAUCUUAAGUAAGAAGAAAAAUGGCUCAACACAAUCAGCCAAGACCACCCGAGACCGAGUGCCCAGUUAUCAGUAUGACAUGAACUUUGAGAAGGUGGGCAAGUGCAUCAUAAUCAACAACAAGAACUUUGAUCAAGGGACAGGUAUGGGCGUCCGAAAUGGAACAGACAAAGAUGCAGAGGCCCUUGUGAAGUGCUUCCGCAACCUGGGUUUUGAGGUGGUCGUCUAUAAUGACUGCUCUUGUGCCAAGAUGCAAGACCUGCUUAAAAAGGCUUCUGAAGAAGACCAUACAAACUCAGCCUGCUUUGCCUGCAUCUUAUUAAGCCAUGGAGAAGAAAAUGUCAUUUAUGGGAAAGAUGGAAUGACACCAAUAAAGGAUUUGACAGCCUAUUUUAGGGGGGACAGAUGCAAAACCCUUUUAGAGAAACCCAAACUCUUCUUUAUUCAGGCUUGCCGAGGGACAGAGCUCGAUGAUGGGAUCGAGGUUGAUUCGGGGCCCAUCAGUGAAAGAGACGCUCAUCCCCGACAUAAAAUCCCAGUUGAAGCCGACUUUCUCUUCGCUUAUUCCACAGUUCCAGGCUAUUACUCAUGGAGGAGCCCAGGAAGAGGCUCUUGGUUUGUGCAGGCCCUCUGUGCCGUCCUGGAUGAGCACGGGAAAGAUCUAGAGAUCAUGCAGAUCCUCACCAGGGUGAACAACCUGGUGGCCAGCCACUUUGAAUCUCAGUCCGAUGACCCUCUCUUCAACAAGAAGAAGCAGAUCCCAUGUGUGGUCUCCAUGCUCACCAAAGAACUCUACUUCUGUCAGUAACCAUCCCAGGGGUGCAUUCAAGCUGAGAAGCUAUGCAUCAUUCACUGAUAAAUCAGAUUUUUUUUGUUGUUUUUUUUUACGCUCUUGAAAUAUCCGGGAAUUCUAUAGGAUUUUGAUUUCAGGGAAAUGUAUUGAUUCAACAGGGAAGAAACUUUCUGGUGCUGUCUUAUGUUCUCUGAAUUUUCAGAGACCUUUUUUACCUUGUUAUUCAUGACUUUGUAAUUUCCUCUUAAGAUUAAUUUUGUUUGUAUUUUUUUCACCUAGUUAUCACACUUAGUACAUGCAACAAAAAUGACCUCUGCAGAAGACCCUUGUCUGUGUCUACUGUAAUCAAUGGUGACGUUGGUAGAGUCAGAGUCAUAUUUGCACUUGGCAAAGAGAAUCCCAGUGCUUGACAGAAAACAACCAAGGGUAUUUGUUGGCCUGUAUUGCAGAAAGUGGGUAUUGCAUGUGGUUUGAAUUCUUUUUCAUUGGCUUAGGGCAGAUUCUCAUGCAAAAAUUCCCAGAUAAGUUAGAGGAGAAAAAAGUUUAAUGAUUCUAAUAUAUAUCAGUCAGGAUCCAGUCUGAAAAACAGAAACCAUUCUAGGUGUUUCAGUAGAGGGAAUUUAAUACAGGAAAUUGACUUAUGUAGAUGAUAAAAGAGAAGCCAGAUAGCUGGAAGCCACACCUUAGGCUAUGAGGAUAAUGGGAAGAGGUGUGGUUUCCUGAGUCCAGAAGCUGGGAUCAUCCACAGGAGGUGGAACCAUGGUGGGCACUGCUUGGUGGGAGCCAAGACCACCCAAGAACUGUGGAAAAUGGAGCCAUGGGAAGGAUAAAGCCACUGCCUGAGACGGAGACAAGGCCUUGCCUCUCCUACUCUAGAGUCUUCCAUCACCUUACCACUUUAGUCCUACCUGGAAGCCAGAUGGCAAGGGUCCUAAGAAGUGUGAUUUCCUGAGACGCAGAGCAGAGCAAGGGAUAGUGAGGUAGGGGAUGAGCAAGAAGUGGAUGUAAGCCUGGCCCAUAAUGCGAACAUAAGUAAUCACAUUCCCUGAUGUUCAACAGUUCACCCAUUCAUUCAUUUAUUCAUUGAGCUGUCAGAUAAUCUACAGAUAUAUAAAACAAUCUGUUUUAGCUUUACGUGUAAAAUAAUCUGUUAUACCUUUAAAAUGUAUCUGGAAGUGUUUAGAUUAUUCCAAUUUUUUGUUACCUCUAAUUCUGUAAGAGGGGAAGAGUUUAUGGGAAAGAUUUUUGGCACUUCGUUUUCAAGGUAGUGUUACCUUUCGAAUUCUUAAUUAAUUAUUAUUUUUUUUCUGCCUAGUAACUGGUUAACAAACAAAUGUUCUUCUUUAUUGAUGAAAAUGUGGUGCUUAAUUCCUAACUAGCUUGGUGUACUUUUCUUUUAUUUUUUAUUUUUUUAUUUUUUAUUUUUUAUUUUUUUAUUUUUUGGUGUACUUUUCUUUUGAAGUUAUUUGUGGCACUGGGGAAAUGAUAAAACAGGAUAAGAACUAACCCUACUGACUUGGUCUCCACACAAAAUAUAAUGCAUAAUUUCUUUUGAAUCCGGAACACUAAUAAAAUAACUAAAUAAUCACUUGUGAAGCUGAGACUCUUCACAUAAAGGGUUAAUCAUCAUAUAAAGCUGUUUGUAAUGAGCUGCCAUGUAUUAAUUUGACAACAAAAUCAGAUGGUGUAAAAGUAUCUUCUUUCAAAUAAAAACCUAACUUAGGGCUAGUUUAUUAGACUUGUCCCUGGUUUCCUGCCAUCUAAAAUACACCAAAUGUUGAAAAUUUAAGUGGAGAUCAAGAAUCAACAAGCAUCUACCUACUGUUCCCAGAAUUCACAGUCUGUUCUUUGGAAAGUG